GAGAAGAGACGAGCAGCAGAGACUCGGCCACACACUGAAGAUGCAGUUCUGUGGCUCUUUGCUGCUCUCCUGCCUGUUCUCCAUCGUUGCGCUCCACUGCAGCGUCGAUGGCUUCAGAGUCCAGCACCAAACUCAGCAUAUAGACUGGCCCAUGUCAAGGUCUCCAGCGGUUCUCCAGCCCCAUCCUGGAGGGGUGAAGGAGGGGGAGGAGCUAACAGCGAAACUGCGCCGGUUGGACAACCUGGUGAGGAUGGAGAAUGUCGUCAUGGAGCCAAAGAGGAAGAGGAGUUUCUUUAGCAGCAACGCACCGCUGGACCGCCUGUCCAUCAGCUCCAUGGAAACCAAACAGGCCACAAACAAGCAGAGCAAGGUAGUGGAGUUGCCACCACGACGGGCCGACCCUCCUCCCAUUGACAGGAUUGGCAUGAGCCGUCUACCAAACAGUCGUGGGUAGAAACCCCCCCCAACAGCCCACCUCCUUUCUACAGCACCCCCCUCUGGACAGAGGAAUCACCACAUAUGCAUGACAACAGCCAGUCACCUGCUGAGCCACGCCCACCACCCGCCAAUCAUUCACCGUGACUUCACCUGGACACCAACCACCCCCAGCAAUGAAUGUUUAAUGAUGGUGCAUUCAGGUGUUGCUCUAUAAAUUCACCACAUGUGAAGAAAAAUCAGGACCAAAGCAAAAACAAACCAACUGUUUUUUCCCCCAAUUUCAGUAACGAUCAGUGUGGUUUGAUCGAAUGAAUACUGAUCAGAUUUCAUGUUUGUCUUAAGAUCUUAACAAGCAACCUCAGACAAAUUCUGCUCACAUCUGAACCACAUUCAGACUCUGUUUGAUGCUUUUUUAAGUUGAAUUUGAUCAAACUGAAUUCCAUACUUUGAGUUAUCUGAUCUCAAAACUUAAAAAAAAAAAAACGAGAUUAUCAAACCUUCAUGCUGUGAAGAUCUGGUCAGAGUCAGAACCCUGUUGACUUGGUUUCUGAUCAUGUAGUUCCUGAUUUAAAUCCUGAUUAUGUAUUAUUUAGACACAGUUCAUCUACAGCUGCAUCUUUUCUUCAGACAAAGUGAAACACUAGUGCAUUUGAGAUGCUUUUGUGAGCUCAGACACUGGGUGAAAUCAAUCAGAGCAAAUAUUUCGCACCAAGUUUGUUUUUGACAUAAAUUGAUGCGACUAACUAAAGGAAGUGAUUAGAACAUCUGAAUGAUGGGUGCUAGCAUGUUAGCAGUUAGCUCAUCAGCUAAAGUAAUUCACCAACAAGCCCUACAUACUGUAGCUACUGGUUACUUUAAUAAAUCAAAAACAUGCGCAGUGGUUAGUGCUGUCACAGCAAGAAAGU